UGGUAUCACACUGGUAGUCUUAGGUGGCUCCGGAAGCAGGGCUCACUGCCCAGAGCCAGACUGGCACGUUUGGCGUGGGCAGUGACUUCCAUUCACUAAAACACUGACUGAACUGAAGAAGCUGGGGCUCACUUCCACACAUGAGUUGUAGUAUUUGAGAUACAGUCGUAGGAAAGACACCAUCCUCCCCAUAGACGGACAUGCAUGGAGAUAAGAGCCAGGAUAUGAAGGCGGUAACUAUGAAGGAUUUUUCAAGCACAGGCCAAAAGAGUGGGCACCUCAUCGUCUGAAGGAAAUGAGACAUGGAUGUCGAUUAUUGUGAGGUGGGAAAAUGCUAAUCAGUGAGAAAGCCGAUUUUUGGUCAGGAAGAAUUAUACAAAGUAGAUCUGAAGGAAAUUUGACUGACAUGGAAGACCAAAAGUUCUUCAAAAAAUGCAAUAAUACAGAAUGCCAUGACCCAAGUUUGCAUCACAAUUGGCCAGAUGCUUCUACUUUUUAUGGUAAUAAUGCAUCCAAAGCUGGGAAUCCAUUCUGGAAUGAACUGUCUGCUUCUAAUCCAUUUUUGGAUGAUAUAACUCAACAAAGAAAUAGCCAGAAGAGAGAUAAUGUUUCCAUCUUGAAAGAAGAUCCUUUUCUUUUUUUAAGAGAAAUAGAAACUGGGGAUUCUUUUGAUUCCUCUGGUGAUGAACUUGAUGUGCAUAAGUUGCUCAGGCAUUCCUCAGGGAAUCCAGGAAGAUCUAAAAGUGUUUCAGAGCUUCUAGGGAUUUUAGAUGAUACUGCCCAGCUUUAUGAUGAUAUUCACAGUUCCAAUCAGAUUCUAGUUCAAGACUUAGAAUGGCUUCAAAAUGACCGAGAAGCUUAUAAAAUGGCUUGGUUAAGUCAACGCCAGCUGGCCCGCUCCUGCCUGGAUUUGAAUGCAAUUCAUCAGAGUCCCGGAUGGGCCCAGACACAAGUUGCAGAGACCACCACAGUUUGUAAAAUAAAUCACCAAGGAGGAUCUGUACAAUUACCUGAAUCAGACAUCACUGUUCAUGUGCCCCAAGGUCAUGUAGCUGUGGGAGAAUUCCAAGAGGUCUCACUUCGGGCUUUUCUGGAUCCUCCAAAAAUGCUGAAUCAUGAUCUUUCAUGCACUGUAAGCCCUCUUUUGGAAAUCACAUUAAGCAACCUGAAUACAAUGGAAGCUAUUUUGCUGGAGAUGAAAAUCGGGGCUGAAGUGAGAAAGGAUCCUUUCAGCCAAGUCAUGACAGAAAUGGUGUGUUUAUACAGCCUGCAAAAAGAAGGCCCUUUCAGAGUGCUGAACACCUGCUAUAUUUAUAAAGACACCAUCCAAGUCAAGCUAAUGGACUUCAGUCAGGUGAUGUAUCUAGUGAUCGCUGCACAAGCUAAAGCUAUUCAGUCACCAGCUGCCACCAUUUGGGACUAUAUCCACAAAACCACCUCAGUUGGAAUUUAUGGACCCAAAUACAUCCAUCCUAGUUUUACUGCUGUUUUCACUGUCUGUGGACACAGCUAUAUGCCAGGAAAGCUUACAGUCUCCGAUAUUAACAAAGGUAGGAAAAGCACAUCUCCAGUUGUAUUUCAUCUCUGGGGGAAGCAUUCGUUUUUACUGAACAAACCACAGGAUUUAAGUAUUUCAGUUUUUUCAUGUGACCCAGAUUUUGAAGUAAAGGGAGAAGCAGAGAGGAAAGAAAUUAAACGAAAUCAGUUGGAAACAGGCGAAGUAGUUCAUCAACGAUUUUUAUUUUCUCUGGUUGACCACAGGGAGAUGCAUUUGUUUGUUUUCCGUGUUCAGGUGGAUACCCCCGACUGUAGACCAGUUGCACAGUUCUUUAUCACUUCACCUGAUCCAGCUCCAAACUUAAAAAGGCUCUCAAACCUACCAGGUUGUCUGAAGGAGAAAGAAGUCAAAUCUGCCCCUUCACUGCCAACGCUGCCUGUUAAGUAUCCCACCUUCCAAGAUAAAAAAAUGAACUUUACCAACUAUGGGGUGACCCUGAAAACAGUGCUAAGACAAAUCAAGCUUGACUACUUACUUGAAUAUUUCAAAGGGGACACUAUAGCUCUUCUUGGAGAAGGUAAGGUAAGAGCCAUGGGGCAGACCAAAGUGAAAGAAUGGUACGUGGGUGUCCUCCGAGGUAAGAUCGGACUUGUGCAUUGCAAAAACAUCAAGGUGAUUUCAAAAGAACAAGUAAUGCCUGCGUCAGACAGUAUCUUUACAACCAGGAAUCUUCUCGAACAAAUAACCCUGCCCUUUAAAAAACUGACUUACAUAUACUCAGUCGUAUUGACCUUGGUGUCUGAAAAUGUGUACGGCUGGAAAGUUUUAGCUGAUGUCCUGGGAUACUCACAUCUGUCACUGCAAGAUUUUGAUCAAAUACAAGUGAACAAAGAAUCAGAAAGGGUUUCUUAUGUGGUAAAGAAGCUAAAAGAAGAUUGCCAUGCUGAUAGAAAUACAAGAAAGUUUCUUUAUGAACUUGUUGUGGCUCUGCUGAAAAUGGACUGCCAAGGGUUAGUAGCACAUCUUAUCCAAGAGGCUGUGAUUUUGACUUCAGCUGUCAAGCUUGGAAAAGGCUGGAGAGAGCUCGCUGAAAAGUUAGUGCACCUCACAAAGCAACAGAUGAAGGCAUAUGAAAUUCCUCACCAAGGAAAAACUGGAAGUGUUGCAGUCGAGAUAAUGUGGAAGCCUGCCUAUGAUUUUCUCUAUACUUGGAGCACUCAGUAUGGAAACAGCUACAGAGAUGUGUUACAAGACCUUCAAUCAGCUUUGGACAGAAUGAAGAAUCCGGUGACCAAACAGUGGAGAGACUUAACUGGAGUUUUACUAUUAGUAAACUGUUUGGAAGUUUUGAGAGGAACAGCGUUCUCUAACUCUGAGGAAGAAUAAAAAUGUAGAGUGUUAUUGGGGUUAAGAGGAAUGGUGGGAAAAAAAAUAGUGUGUAUGUCUUUGGUGUGUGUGAGAGAAAGAGAGACAGACAGAGAGAGAGAGAGAGAGAGAGACAGAGAAAUAAAAAGGUAUUAUACUUAUAUUCUUUAUGUUUAAAAGCCAUUUUUUUACCUAGUGAAAGCAAAGCUUAUCCUUAUACUCAGCAUUGGGUUUACAACAGAACACUCGAGUGUGUGUGCAUAAAAAUUUCAAAGGCGAACACUAGGUUGGUUUGUUGAGGGAAUAAAAGGCCUUCCCUCUCUUUGAAAGAUACUUUCCGUUUUCUCAAAUUAAAAAACUCAUGUGAGAGCAAGUUCACCAUGCAGACACCUGGUUAAAGUAAGUGCUGGAUCACAUGGAAUUUUACCAGGAGAGGAGGAGCGGAACUAGAGACCCUCAGGGCUACACACUUCCCGUAACUGGUCUCUUCUUCCUGAGUGGUGUUUGCCAGCAUGAUUUCCCACAUCACAUUUGGAAAAACCAAGAAAUGAAGAGGAUGCCCACGCCAGGGCAAAGUAGGGUUUCUGAUUAAAAAUAUGCUUCUAUUUUUAAAAAUUUAUACAAAUUAGAAUAGAAAAUAAAAAUAAAAUGCAUAUUGAUAGCCUACACUGAUAGCUAUUACAUUUUAAAGUUUUUUCUUUUGUUUUACCAUCUCUUGGAAGACUGCCAGAAGGUAAAUGAGAUAAAAUGUCAGAAAUCUGUCGUCCAAAUGCGUGGACCUGAUGUUUUCACCAGCUUCCUGCAGGGUCUUGGCUCUAUCUAACUCUGCCUAACUCAGUCUUUUUCUGCAGAAUCACAAUGCAAAGUAGUCUAGCUCUCAAGAACUUUUAAUAAAAUGGGUUAUUAAAAACAAAAACUUGAUUUGUCCCUCGUUGGGACAGCAGUUUUAACCCUAAAAGUACUGUUAUCUUUGUGUGUGUUCAUAUGUGUGUGUGUGUGUGUGUGUGUGUGCGUGUGUGUGUGCCCCAGAAUAUUUUACUAGGCUCUUAGAAAACAGAUAAACAAGAAUUUGGGGCCUGGGGAUUUAGCUCAGUGGCAUAAGCACUUGCCUUGCAAGUGUGUGGUCAUGAGUUUGAUCCCUGGUACAGAUAAAAAAAAAAGAAGAAUUUGAGCUGCUGUAAGUACUAAUGGGUCACAGAGUUCACGAAAGGAUGACCUGUACUUACUGAUAUGUUCCGUCUUCCGGUGGCCUGGCAGUGUUUAUGUGUUUAGACUGCCAUUCAUCUGUUGUUACUAAGUUGACAAAACGUGUGUGCCUUGUUUGUAGUAGGCAUAUAAGGUCUUGAGGUUAUAAAGGGAAAAAUGAUCCCUGACUUCAGUACUGCUCCAUGAUAGAGACAGACAGUAAAAAGUGACUCCAUCGGAUGUAAAAUGCCAUCUGUGGUGAAAGCUCCAAUGGAGGGCUCUGAUGCUGAGAGACAGCGUAUCUACAGGUGCCAUUCUCUGAAAGGCAGGGCAUAAGUUCACCCUGUGAAGAAAAUUUAGGUGCUGAAGGGGCAUCACGCAGCCCCUGGUGUUCAGAGGGUGCUGGAGCUCCUGGCACCUUACAGCUCAGCAGUGAAGGGAGCCAGGGUGAAGGGAUGGAGGCGUACUGGUGAACAGGUAAAGGGCAGUGGAGGUGUGAAAGCAGGGGGCAGCAGACACGUUAGGACCACCAAGACUCCUCACAUUCAGGAAAAUAAAACCGACCCUCAAGCUAAUGUGGAUACACUGAAUAAAGGCUUUAUUUCAGCAUCUUGAAUAAAACAUGUCCAUUUGGCUGAAAAAGUAAAAGCAGACUCUCCUUACGGUUUUUAGCACCACCACCUGGGGUUUUUGGUAUGCUCGCAAAGGUAAUUUGAAUUAGAUUUUAAGCACAAUCUUUAAGGCUUUCAAUAUUGAUAUCCAAUGACAGGACAGUACAACCUUACCAAGGAGUUAUGUACACAUAUUCAAGGACAGAAUUUAUUUUAAUUGAAAAUAAAUUCAGGGAGAAGGAAAAAAGAAAACAGCUUGUAAGCUCAGGACACACUCCUUUGCUGAGGUGAUUUGCCUUCUUUAGAAGAUUCUUAGAAUCUCUUCACCUGUCAGGCAGUGGGACAAUUUUGGGAAGGCAUAGUAAGGAAAUAAUACCUGGGUUUCCCCAGGUUGCAAGAGCUGAGAAGACAGAGAUCUCGAUAGGUGAUCAGUAUAGUAGGGUUAAGCAAAUCGUUUCAGCUUACACCUGUGUUUUGAAGUUGUGGUUAGGAAAUUAAUUUAAGAAGAGUUUUAAAAAAUAAAAAAAACACGAUCUCUGUAAUUUGAGUAUGAAAGAAUGGUUUAAAUAUUUAUACACACAAAGAUAUUUUAUAGUAUUAGAACAAAUCCUCCCAGGGGAAUUGUAAACUCAUGUCCAAACAUUCUGUUCUUAUGCAUUUAUUCUAAUGUUUUUAUAAAUUGUGUCUACUUUUCUGAAUUUUGCAUUUUUCCUACUAGAGUAGAUUUUCAUAAUCAGAAAAGAUUAACUUUAGUAAUCGUAAGUCACCUGUACUUGACAGAAAGACAAUGAAAUUAAUUCCUUGUAGCCUAUCCUACACAUCCAUAAAAGUGUCAACAGCUACUAAUCAAAACUGCUUUAAACAUUUCAAAAAUGGGAAAAGCUUAGGCAACUCUUUCAGUUCCUCAGGAUUUUCAUGUAAUAAUUCAUGAAUUAGAAUAAGGUUUUAGUAGAGUCUCUAGCUUGCAAUGUGACUUUUUUUCUCUAUGAAUCACAAAUCCACUAUGUCUUUAAGUGAAAGUCUUCAUAUGAAGCAAUAAGAUUCAUUUGGCUCCGUGUCACUGAUGGUUCCUACCAAUAAUGGAUACAGCACACAUUCAUAUUCUGUGUUGUGGGAAAUACUUAUAUGAACUUUGAAUGUGGAGAUAAUUAAGUUUCUGGAAGAAAUAAAGUGCUAAAUUAAUGGA